AUGAAAACUAUACAAAAACCAAGUCAAGUCUCGUUAGUUAAUAGACAGUUCCCUGUUCAAAAGGAUAUAGCAAAUUUUUCAAUGUAAUCUCCAGAUAAAUAAAUCCAUUGUCUUAAAACAUAAUCACAAGCUAAAAUAUUAACAUAUGGCCCUUCGCCUUAUAUGUAAUCGCCUCUGUUAGAUGUAAAAUGCAUUAACUAAAACAAUAUCACCAUUUAACCAUCUCCCCCUUAAAAAUUAGAGAAUUCCUCCCAGUACAAACUGAAUACAAAGACCCUAAGUCAAAAUUUGGAUGUUCUUAAACCAUCUAAUUAAUAAGAAACAAUAAAAUUAUUCAAUGAUGUGAAACCACAUUAUGGAACAAGCAAGCAAGAAUAUCAUAAAACGCAUGGAAACUACUAAAGUGACAGAAAUAAAGACACUACAUCAGAAAGAAGAAGCAAUACUUUAAACAAAGAAGGAACCAUUAUAGAAAGCAAAGAAAAUUACGGAUUGACCGCAAAAUCUCCUAUUUCAGAUCAUCAUCCUGCUGUGGGAAAUAGUAGGCUAUCAUCUUAAAAUCAUGGAUUUUUAUAAUAGAAACCAAAAAUAUCAACAGAAAUAGCAAAUAUUUAUGGGUAAUUAAGAGAUUUGAUGUCAAGUGUUUAAAAAAUGGCUAGUAAUGGAAAAUUGCCUGAUAAUAUUAAUGAUAAAAUGAUUGAGAUAUUAGCUAGUUUUAGAAAAGUUGAAGAACUAUCUCAUGUUGAGCCUUCUGAAAAUGAAUCUAAACCAUUAAACAUGGCAGAAGAUUAUAAUAAACUAAAGCCAAUACUUGAGCAGUUAUAAAGUAAAAUGACUGCUUUGGUCUAGGAGAAUUAAAAAGUAUUUGAACAUUAUUAAUCUCGUAGCUGAAUAAGAAUUUGAUAGAGCAAGAGCAAAAGGCCAUUGAAGAAUAAAAUAAAAGACAACUAGCUGAAGACAAAGCCAAUUAAACUAAUAAGGAAUUCAAUAGAGUAUUCGAAUGUUUACAAAUAAAUUAAAAAGAAAAUGAAGAACUCAAGAUGAAAUUACAAUAAAAAGAUGUUAUUAACAGUUAAAAGAUUCAUCAAAGCAUCACCAAAAAUGAAGAUGUACAAGAUUAAAAACAAAAGAAUCUGUAACUAUAAAAAGACUUUGAAUUAUUAGAAAGUAAGUAUAAGUAGUUAUUGACCGAAAAAGGGAAUACAAAAGAAUUACCAAAAUCACCUUUAAUGAUGAAAUCUAUUCAUUCAAGUACAUCAAAAUAAUAGGAGUAGUUGGAACUUAAAUUAUUACAAUUGCAAAUUGAAAAUGAUAAUUUAAAAGCAGAAAUCGCUCACAAUUAGGUUGAUGCUAAAGUGAUUGAUAGUAAAAAUGAAAUGAUCUAAAAGUUGGAUGAAAAAAUUAAAUCAAUAUUAAAGGAAAAAGAAACUUCUUAAGAAUAGUAGUUUUAGAUUUACCAUAACUUAGAAACCUAAAUUGAAUAAAUGAAAAAGGCUUUAUUAGUUAAGGAAAAUGAGAAUUCCACUUAUUUGAAGUUAAAAAAUGAUAUAGAAAGAGAACUAAAAGGUCAGAUAAAUAAUCAUAUUCAACAAUUGAAAGUGUUGGAUGAUAGAUUAUUGACAUCCAAAUAGGAUUAUCAAAAGUUAUUGGAUGAAUUUAAAUCUAUGGAUAUGAGAAAGAAUAAAAUACAGGAGGAGUAUAAAAUAAAUGAACAAAGGCUUGAAAAGUUAAACUAAGAUAUUUAGUUUUAAAGUUAGGAAUUAAAAAAAACACUUGAGAAUAAUUAAACUUUAAAAUUAAAAAAUGAUUAAAUGAAUCAACAAUUAUCAUAGUUAAAUAAAGUCUAAUAAUAACUACUUCAAUAAAUAGAAGGAUAGAAGUAAACUGAAAAUGCUUUAAGGGUGGAAUGUGAUAGAUUAAAUAAAAUUAAUUAAGCCACUCAAUAAGAUAUGAAAUAUCAAGUCACAGAAUUAAAAGAAAUGAUUUAAUUACAAGGAAGAAAAACUCAAGAGAAAGAGAAUUAAUUUAAUGAAUUACUUGAGGAAAUGAGAGAUAUGAAGGAUCAAUAUGAGAUACAAAAGAAAGUGAGCUAAGAAAGCAUUAGUGAUUUGGAGAGAAGAUUAAAGAAUUCAAAACUAUAAAGUGAAGAACUGUUAUAAAUUAAAGAAUAAGAGAUUAUAGACUUUAAAUUAACCAUGGAAUAAUAAUUAUAAAUGCUGGAUAAAAGAAAUGCAUUAUCAUCUUAUGAUUUUGAUUAAAGGGAACAAUAACUUUAGGUUGAAAUUCAAAGUAAAAAUGAAUAAAUAGAGGGGUUAAAAGUAGAACUAGAAAAAAUUAGAGGCCAGAAUUUUAAUGCUUAAGAAGAACUCUUAAAAAAUGGAAUUUUAUAAAACUAAAAUUAAGCCUUAAUAAGUAAUUUGAGAAAUGAAUUAAAUUAAUCAAAAUAAGAACAAUAGCACUUGAAUGAAAUGUUGAAGAAAAGAAAGGAAGAAACAGAGCAAUUACAUUAAAGUUUAGAAGAAAUGAGAAAAGAAUAAUAAAACAAAAAGUAACAGCAAGAGGAUACUCGAAGUAAUUUAUAUUCUAAUUUUAUAUAGGAUCUAUUUUGAGAUAGCAGGAUCUUCAAAUUUCAAUUGAAAAUCUUUAAAGAGAUAAUUUAACUCUUUCCUAGAAAGUCAAUGCGUUGUAAAAUGAUAAUAAUAGGAAGCAGAGGGAGUUGAUUGAGAAAAAUGAUGAAUUCUUAAACAUUAAAAGGAAAUACGAUGAAACAGUUUAGAAUUUAGAAAGAUUGGAGAAAAGAUGGGGUGAAAAGAUUGAUUAACACAGAAGAAAUUGA